AGUCCCACGGCGACUCUUGUCCUUUCUCCUUUUCUUCUUUACGUAACAUCGAUACACACACGCACACGCGCGAGCGCUCAUCAGAAUGGCUCCCAAGCGGCAGAACGACGAAGCUCUCCUCGAUGCCCGCAUCAACGCGAACCGCCUCGAAUACCCGGAGCAGUCCCUCGUCCUGGUGGCUCUCAUCGCCUCCUUCCAGCCGGUGUACUUCUCGCACGCCAUCAACGGUCUCGACUGGCACCGUCUGCCGAACCUGGUCUUGUACGUGAUCAUCACCGCCUUUACAACGUAUAUGCUGCGCCAGGCGUACGCCGUCAUGGUGCAGAGUGAGUUCUGGGGCCGCCAGCGCCACUUCGCCGAAGUGGCCGACGACAAGGCGAAGCCGCUGCGUCGUCUGCGCCUGCAGGUCGCCGUCGGCUAUACGCUCUUCUUCUUGAACAGCGUCUUCUUCGUGGUGAGCACCUGUCUGAUGGCGUACAUAUUUCGCCACAGCGACCCGCGUGCGAGCUACAUCCUCUCGCCCACACUGACGGCAGCGCUGCUGUGGCUGAUUGCGCAGAAGAACGAGGAGACCCGUCAGCGCCGCAUGCGGUCUCACAAGUAA